GGCGUGACGGCAAAAGUAGUCACCCGCUCGGUAGCUGUGUUUGAGGAGCCGAAUGAGUUCAGAGUGAAUGCGGAGGGGAUUCAGUGGUCAGUAUUAACACAGAGAUGAGCAACAGCGCUGCGAGCCCCAUGGCAGCCAGCAGCACCUCCAUGGCAGGGAGAGGAUCCGGAAAGACCACCAGCUUCAUCCCGGAGCUCCAGAGCAUGAUGUAUGCUCUGGGUGAUUCUAGGAGACCACUGCACGAGACCGCCGCCCUGGUGGAGGACAUAGUGCACACCCAGCUCAUUAACCUGCUCCACCAGGCAGCUGAGGUGGCUCUCCUCCGAGGAGCUCGGGCCAUUUCGCCAGAGGAUAUCAUCUUCCUCAUGAGGAAAGACAAGAAGAAAUUGCGAAGACUCUUUAAGUACAUGCAGUUUCGAGACUACAAGUCCAAAUUAAUGAAAACUGUAGACGAUGAAGAUCCACUGGACUCAGACAAAUACUCCAGCAGCAGUGUCAACAAAAGGCAGCGGCUGGCGCAGGACUUCCUGGGCUCCAUCGACCAGACGGGGGAAUUUUUGGCACUGCUGGAAGACGAGGAGAUGGACGAAGUGAAGCAAGAGAGGAUAGAGAGGCUUGAAAAACAGACGAGAAACAUGGACUUAGCACAGUAUAGUGAUUUCUGUGAGAGUCGACAGCUCAGCUUUUCCAAAAAGGCCUCCAAAUUUCGAGAGUGGCUGGACUGCAGCAGCCUGGAUGUGAAGCCCAAUGCUAUUGCAAUGGAGAUCCUGUCAUAUUUAGCCUAUGAGACAGUUGCCCAGAUCGUUGACCUUGCCCUGUUGGUUAAACAAGAUAUGACCCCCAAAACAGGUGAUCCUUUUGGUCAUGCCAUAUCAGCCACUUUCUUCCAAUACCACGGCUCCAGUGCUGAGGGUACGUCUACCAAAAGAGAAACAGAAUCUCCAGACAACACCCCUCCCUCCACCCCCAGUGGCCCUCUGAGCUCAGGCCACCAGGGCAAGCUGCACUCAAUGGCCCAGGGCAACGGUAGCCUCAGUCAGGACACCAGCAGCAAGAGCAAGCAGCGGAAGAGGAAGAAGAGUGCAGCAGCCUGUGGCGCGGAGGCUCAGAGCAGUGCCAUCCAGCCCGCCCACAUCAGAGAGGCCAUCAGGCGCUACAGCCACAAGAUUGGCCCGCUCUCCCCCUUCUCAAGUGCCUACCGCAGGAGCGGCAUGACUUUCCUGGCUUGCUGAAGAGCAGGGAGAGGAAGUGAUGGAGGGAUGCAGCAGAGGAGUGCACGUCGCAGCGCCUCUCUCACCUCAUCUGUCCGUCCGCCGCGGGAGCUCAGUCUGAGAGCACCCUGCAGCCGCGUUUCUGCCGCCUGCCUGUAAGCCUGUUUACCAGCCCUGCUGCUCUGUUCGUUUAGUGAGGAAGAGUUGCAGGCUGUGUAGGCUGGCAGGAAUGCAGGCAGCGGGACUUUUUGUUGGCGCCUGUUUACGUCUUGCCGCCAUACCACCUUUGAGUGAUUCACAACGCUAGUCAGUCAUUUGGGUCACUAUUUUUUAUUCAUUUGAUUUGUUGUUUUUGAUUUGUUGCUGUUACUGUUUUUGUAUCUUUUACUGGUACACUACUUUAUAAAAAUCUUUUUUAUAUUAACACACAUUAUAAUUAAGAGCAUUUUCCAUCUCUUAUAAAGUUACCAGAGUUGGAGGAGGUUUUGUUGUGACAGCAACAUUUACAGUAAUAUAUGGGCAUUUUUUUCAUUCGUCUUAUAAAUGCCAGACAUAAUGGAUUGUUCCUCUCAAAUGUUCUAGUUAUGUUCUUUGUUUUGUUGAAUCUUUGUCAUUCUAAUUUUUUAAGUGCAUAUAGCAUCACCAUGUUCAGCCUUUUUUGAGGAAAUAAACUACUCAGAACAAAAGCAA